CUGACCCACUUUAAAAAAAUCUACUCCGCAAUGUUUGCUUUCUAUUCCAAACCGCUCCACCACCGUUACUAGUUAUUUAUUACUGCCUUCAAAACCAACGAAAACAAACACUACUUUUCACUAUUUGUAACCCUUUUUUCCUUCCCACUUCAGAUGGGAAAAAUGGGACAAGAAUCAGAUUACAAGACCCAGUUAGUGUUGGAGGUUUGCUCCAUUUCCACUCGUUCAAUUGUGUGUGUUCAUAGACUUGUCUCAAACAAUUCUAAGCCACCAUUCAUAGAUUGGUAUUGCAUUCUUGGUGUGGAAGACAAUGCAGGGGUAAACACCAUUCGGAAGCAAUACCAUAAACUUGCCUUGCAACUUCAUCCAGACAAGAACAAACACCCCAAGUCUGAAAUUGCAUUCAAGCUUGUCUCUGAGGCAUAUGUAUGUCUAUCUGAUGCUGCAAAAAGGAAAGCUUUUGACUUCGAAAGACAUAAGAAAUUCUGCAUUGAGUGCAAUAGAAUUCCAUACACAACAAAAAAAGUCCCUCGCAAUUCCAAUGCUUCAGCUUCAAGUUUGAAGACAUGGAACAUUACUAGCGUGUCAAGAUCACACAAAGUUCGGAGAAAUAUCAGGGAGAUGAGAGAAAGACUGAAGGAGGAGGCCAGGGUGAUAGAGAAUUGUCUUCAUGCAAAUUCAAUUUCAAAGAAAGAAUCUCCCCUCUACAAUCCAGCAGAUUAUAGACAUGGGAACAGGUUACAUCCUAAAAUUGAGAGAGAAAUCCCUGUUUUCAAUCCAAUGAAAAACUUGUACCAAGGUUACCCUCAUGUGAGAGACCAUGUUUACAAGAAUUCUGAAGCAUGUUGGUUCUUGCAUACACAAAAUGUUGUGCACAAUGACAAGGGAGAAGCUAAGUGUGCCUCCCCGGUUUUUGAGGUCAGAUCAGAAAGGACUAUGCUCACAAGUAAAUUUGCUUAUGUCCCAUCAUAGUCUUUAAACAUUUAUACAUUCAAUUGGUGCAAUGUGAUUGGCUAAUUGCAUUUUCAUUGUGAAUCUGUAUUAGCUAUGGGGCUGCUUAGUACCUAAGAGCAUCAAUGCGCAUUGGCUGGC